AUGGCACUCAAGACUCUGGAGAAGCCCCUCAUCGUAGACAUCAAGUCGGAGGCGACAAAGAUACCAGAGUUCUUCUCCGAACACUCCCGCGGGAACGCGACGUGGCACACGCUCGUGUCCGCGCCGGGUACCCUCACCGACUCCCUUAGCUCCGGCGUAGCCACCUGCCCGCCCAACGGCAGCCUGGCGCUGCACCGACACAAGCAGGCCGAGAUUUACUACGUGCUCUCUGGCAGCGGCAAAGUCGAAAUCAACGGCGUCCGGCACAACGUGUCCAAGGACCAGCUUGUGUGGAUUCCCGGGGACGCCGAGCACGGCGUCUUCUGCGACGGCGAUGAGACCAUGACGUGGCUCUACGUGUUUCCAGAGGGCCGGUUUAGCGAUAUUGUCUAUCGGUUCAAGCAUGAGAUUAUGGGGGAGCCCGAGAUACGGGCAAAGCUUUGA